AUGUCUCUUUUCACAUCUGCAGCCAUCACACUUGAACCACAACGAUCCAUUGAACGAAAAAUCCGGUUCGAUUGCCCUGCCUCGGCUUCUUCUUCUCUUGAUUCUUAUGAAGAUCCCUCAGCCCAUUCAUCUCCAUCAGCCUUAUUUCAACAAAAUCUUAAUCCGGAAUUCAUCACGCUGAGGUCGAUAUUGUGUUGCUCGUCGCUUGACGACGAAGAGGUUUCAGUUUGUUUACACGAGCAAAAGCAGAGAUUUUUCAACGAAAACAUU